AUGUCGUGGUUCUCGACAGCGGCAGCCUCGCUCGUGGCCUUGGCCCUCACCUACCAGCUAACGACAUUCCUGCGUCUACGCCAUGUUCCUGGCCCCUGGUGGGCGGCCUGGACGCCGUUCUGGCUUGUGCUCAUGCAAUUGACGGGACGGAUGCACUUUAUCCUCCACGACGCGACCAAGAAAUACGGACCCGUUGCGAGAAUCGGCCCCAACUGGGUCGUAUGCGGAGAUGCCUCUGAGCUCCGCCGCAUCUGGGCAGUGAGAUCCAACUGGACGCGAUCAUGGUGGUAUCGCGGAAUGCGCAUCGACCCUUACAGGGACAGUUCGUUUUCCACCAUAGACGACAGGUUGCACAGUGCUAUCCGGAACAAGCUGAUCCCCGGCUACGGUGGCAAAGACGUCGACAACUUGCACCAGCAUAUCGACGACCAGGUUGCCAACUUGGUACGGCUUCUAGACACAAAGUAUGUGUCGACUGACCAGAGCCUCUACAAGGCCGUUGACCUGGCACAAAAAGUCCAGUAUUUUGCACUAGACGUCAUAUCCACGCUUGCGUUUGGCAAGACGUUGGGCUAUCUGGCCGAGGACCAGGACAAGUUUCGCUACAUUGAAACUACGAACCAGACUGUGUAUAUCCUGGUGUCCACUACGCUCAUACCCGGCAUGAUUAGUGUUUUGCAGUCCCCGUACUUGAAAUGGAUGAUGCCCCGGAUCGAGGAUAUGGCUGGUAUCGGCAACGUAAUCAAGUUUGCCAAGGAAACCGUUGGCGAGCGGUACGGCGCUGAUCCUCUCGUCAAACAAGACAUGUUGGGAUCGUUUGUAAGGCACGGCUUGGACCAAAAGGACAGCGAAACAGAGGCACUGGUACAGCUAAUUGCCGGGUCGGACACCACCGCCACGGCCAUCCGAUCGACCAUGCUGUUCCUCAUGACUUCACCACAGGUAUAUGCACGUCUGCAAGUUGAAAUUGACCGAGAAAUCGAGAAUGGACACAUCUCGUCUCCCAUCACCGAUGCCGAAGCACGGGGGUUUCCAUACCUCCAGGCCGUCAUCCUCGAAGGUUUGCGCAUGUUUCCCCCCGCAGCAGCCUUGUAUCCCAAGGUUUCUACCCAGGAUGAAGUCUUGUGCGGAGUGCCCAUUCCAGCGGGCACAAACGUUGCCUGGUCCCCUUGGUCCAUCAUGCGAGACCGAGACAUAUUCGGCGACGACGCCGAUAUAUUUCGGCCAGAGCGCUGGCUGGAUCGCACUGACGAAUCCAGGCCCAUGGAGCAGACUGUCAUGAUGGCCUUUGCAAGCGGCAGCCGGUGGGAAUGUCUGGGGCGGAAUAUCGCCUUGAUUGAAUUGAACAAGGUCUACGUCGAGCUCCUUCGACGAUUUGACUUUACGCUGCUUAACCCAUUGAAUCCGUGGAAGUCGUUCAACGCAGGGCUGUUUAGCCAGACCGAUCUCAAUGUUAGAAUUACCCGGAGGGCGGGCUGA